UGGUCUUUGCUCUGUUCUAACUCGUGGUUGGGAGAACUGAGGCAAAGCAGCAACGCGGACUGAGAGCUGAGGAGGCUGAACAUGAAGAGAGGCCACGAAUUGAAUGGGCCAUGGAGAGUGAGCUGUACCCUCAUACUUACUGCAGUGGUGGUCUCUCCAGAUCAGAACAGAAGCAUGUUGGCAAAAGAAUUUAAUAUAAGUUGCAGAUAUGGAGGAGUUUUCCAUGUUGAGAAAAAUCGUCGCUACAGUCUCACACGAGAUGAGGCAGUUGAACUCUGCAAAGCUCUCAAUAGUACCCUGCCAACAAUGGACCAGUUGAAGAAAGCUCACAAUUUAGGAUUUGAAACUUGCAGGUAUGGUUACAUAGAAGACAAAAUUGUAAUCCCACGAAUCAAGCCAUAUUUUCUUUGUGCAGCAAAUAACACUGGAAUUUACAUACUCACUUCAAAUAUAACAGACCGGUAUGAUACAUAUUGUUAUAAUGCAUCAGAAACCAGGGAAAAGGCAUGUGAACCAAUCAUAAGACUAGAUGUUUCUGGGCAUGAUAAUCAAAGCCAAAUAGUCAUAGAUAAUGCAGAUGGCUCACGUUACACUGAUGGUGUAAAACACACUGACCCAACUCCGGUUACAGAUGAUAAUCACGUGGGUAGUGGGUCAAUACAUGACGGAGAUGCAACAAACCCCACCAUCAUCGGACCUCACAUGACUGGUGCCUCAUAUUAUGAAGAUAUAACCCCAGAUGCACUGCCAACAGAUUAUUCUUCUGGGUCGGGCAGAAAGGAAGAUCAUCCCACAAGUACCAAUGAUAUUGCAACACCCUUCGAUGACAAGUGGGGUGAAGAUUCAACUGUGAUUUCACUGAUAACUGAUGGUGUUCCUGGAAAAGACAGUGAUCAUCCUAGCAAAGGACGGCAUCCCACAAGUACUACUGUGGAUCGCCACCAUUACACACAUCAUGAAAUCACCACCCAAGCAAAACCAUUUUCCCCUCCAUGGUGGCAUUCUGUAAAUUCCAAGGAACAGCACCCGACAACUGCCAGUAACGAUCUCAGCUCACAUGAUGAUGGUGCAGAUGGUGAAGACUCAACACAGGAUCCCUUAAUAUCAGUAAUUUCCCUUGGAGGGGACAACAGUGAUGACAAGGAACAGCACCCUCCAAGUAGCACUGUGACCCCGCAUCAUGGUGCACAUGAGGAAACUUCCAUCCAACGUGAGGGGAAUCCAUCCCCUGACAUUUGGUGGGGGUCCACUACAGAUAACAAGGAGCAGCAUCCAACCACAGCAACUAACGAUAAGGAUUCACAAGAAAUUGAAACAGAUGAUGAAGAUUUACUACAAGAUCCAUUACACUCUGGAUGGGACACAAAUGAUGACACGGAACCGCACUCUCCAGUCACCAAUGUGGAUUCCCAUGGCAAUCCUAAGCGUAUAGAAUCAACCCAAGAUCCUUCGUUACAUAAUGUUUAUUUUGGAGGGGAUAAAGAUGAGGACAAGUAUCCCAUAAACACUACUGUGGAUAGUGUGAAGCCUGCACAUUUCCCUGUAAAGGAAAGAGAUCAUUCUUCUUCAAAUGUGACUGUGAAUAAUGAAAUAGGACGCAACACAUAUACUCCUACAGUUGUGGUCUCCAAUGAAGGUGCCAAAAAUGAAGACCCAACCCAAGAUCCACUGCUGAAUGGGGCUCAUCCUGGAUGGAGCGAUAAAGUCAAGUAUUCCACAAAUACUACUAGGAAUGAUGUACUACCUGGAGUUAUUCCUUCACAUGAAAGUGAACAUUCAAUUACAGCUAUGGCCUCCAAUGGUGGGGCCAAACAUGAAGACUCAACCCAAGAUCCACUGCUGCAUACUGUUCAUCCUGGUUGGGGCAAUGCAGACAAGUAUCCCACGAAUGUCACUAGGAAUGAUGUGCUGCCUGGAAUUAUUCCUCCAAGUGAAAACGAUCAGGAAAAGAAAUCUUCUCAUACAGCUGUUACCUCCAAUGAUGGUGCCAUAUAUGAAGACUCAACCCAUGAUUCACUGCCUCUAGAUAAUCAACCAGAAUGGGGCAGUGAGGACAAAUAUCCUACAAAUACCUCCAGGGAUUAUGUCGUACCUGGACUUAUUCCUGAAAAUGAAGCUGAGUUUUAUACAGCUGUGGUCUCCAAUGAUGGUGCCACACAUGAAGACUCAACCCAAGAUCCAUUGUUGCACAGUGUUCAUCCUGGCUGGGGCAAUGAAGACAAGUAUCUCACAGCUACCUCUAGGGAUGAUGAGCUACCUGGAAUGAUUCCUCCAAGUGAAACUGAACAUAAAAAUGAUUCUUCUCAUACAGCAGUGGUCUCCAAUGAUGGUAUCAAACAUGAAGAUUCAACUAAAGAUCCACUGACACCUGGCAUUCAUCUUGGAGGGGAUAAUGAAGACAAAUAUCCCACAAACAAUCCCAUUGAUAAUUUGAUACCUGGAGUUUUUUCUGACAUUGAAAGUGGACAUGGCAGAGGACCAGCUUCUACAGUCACCAGUUCUACACUUAACAAACACGAUGGCAGAAGAGCAAAUCCAUCUGGACAGGUCACAAAACCAAACAUAGCUUCACAGCCAAGAUCAGCCCAAAUACCAGAAUGGCUGAUCAUAGUGGCUUCUCUUCUGGCACUGACAUUGAUUCUGGCAGUCUGCAUUGCUGUCAACAGUCGGAGCAGAUGUGGGCAGAAGAAAAAGCUAGUGAUUAACAAUGGCAAAGGGUCAGUGUCAGACAAGAAGAUGGGUGGACUGAAUGGAGAAGCCAGCAAAUCUCAAGAAAUGGUGCACUUGGUACAUAAAGAACAGCCAGAUAAUCGAACAGGAUCAUGUGAUGAAUUCCUGACCACAGACGAAACGAAAAAUCCACAAGAGGCUAACAUGAAGACUGGGAUGUAAUAGUGUUGGUCCAUUUUGUAGAUCAAGAGUUGGGGAAAUGAAAAUCACGUGGAACUGGGCCUGAAACUCACAGAUGCAAUGUGCUACUGAUGUCUUUUGAGCAUAAUUAAGCAUACAUUUUAUUCUUUUUAAUAUUUUUAAAAAUCAGGUCCAAAUAAAAAAAAAUUGACAUUGCUUUCUGAUAUAAGUGCCUGAGACUUGCAUAAAUUUGGCAGUUCCCAUUUCCCACCUGGAAGACACUUUAUAUGUAAGGAGGGAUGUUAGUUGAAAUCAUAUUUUCUCCAGUUGCAGCACCUUCACUAAGUGGAUAUACAGAAAUAUCUAGUCACUCCAUCUCAAAGGCAUUUAUGAUACUAAAUUUACAUAGUAUGAGCAUAAGUGAGGAAUAAACGUCUAGAGAAAAAUAGAGUUAAAAAAAAGGGCUUCUAUAGAGUUUUGUAUUACACCAGAGUCUUUUCAAAUCACCUUUCAGCCCUGCGGAGUUUGUCAAGUGCAUUCAGGAUCUGCUGGUAUAGGCAAACUGUGACAGUUUAGAGUGAUUACAAUGAGGGCUACAAUGAGAGAACCACAAAGUACAAAACUAUGUAUCUCUAUUUUUUAAAUGCCCAUGGAUAUAUAAUGUCAAUAAUUUUUAUUGGGGCAGGCGGGAAAAGACAUGAAAACUUGAGCUGAUACAUAAUAAACUUCUAUUCUUUAUCUUAA